AUGGAAAGGCGUCAUAGGAAAAGGAAGGAUAAUAGGGGCAGUGAUGAUGAGGAAGUUGAACAGUCCAUGGAGAGGCGUCAUAGGAAGAGGAAGGAUAAUAGGGGCAGUGAUGAUGAGGAAAUUGAGAAUAACAGUGGCAAGCGUGUUAGGGUUUCUGAUGCAAAGUAUAGGAAAUCAAUGAGGCGUAUUGAGGAUAGGGAUAUGGAUGAUGCGGGCGUGUUGUCAGAAGAUAGCAAAGAUGGUAGGAAGGGAAAGACUUCUAAGGGUAGAAGGAAUGAAGGAAUAAUGGUUACGGAUGAUGAUAUGAAGCACAGACUGAAGAAGAAGGAACAAGAAAUGAAUGGGAGUAGCAAACGUGGAAGAAGGUUACGUGAUGAUGCUGAUAAGGUGGAGAAGAUAUAUGCUGAAGAAGGAAAAGAAACUGUUAGAAAGGAUCAGAGAUUUAACGAUGAUGUUAAGAAGGAGAAGCUGGAAAGGUCUGUGGUGACAAAAUCACCUGUUUCAUCUGAUAAUGCCGAGGUUGAAUCGAAAACCGAACGGUUGGCUGAUGCUAAUGGUGGCCGACACAAUGUGUUUCAGCGGAGGAUCAAGGAUGAUACUAAAAUCUGGGAUUCCGAUGAUGCUAUUGAAUUUGAUGAGUAA